AUGGCAUCAGAAGAUCAGGAAAAAACGGCUUUUGUAACAGAGCAGGGAUUAUUUUGUUAUAGAAUGAUGCCAUUCGGCUUAAAAAAUGCAGGAGCCACAUAUCAGCGACUGGUGAACUCCAUAUUCAAAGAUCAGAUCGGAAAGCACAUGGAGGUUUACGUGGACGACAUGAUUAUUAAGAGCGUCAGGACAGAAGAUCAUCCGGCAGAUGUGAAGGUAGUCCUAGAGACACUACAAAGGUACCAAUUAAAGAUAAAUCCGGAGAAGUGUGUAUUCGGAGUACCAGCGGGCAAGUUUUUGGGAUAUAUGGUCUCUCAACGCGGGAUCGAAGCCAACCCAGACAAAAUCGAAGCAGUCCUAAAAAUGACACCGCCCCGGAGCAUACACGAAGCAAAGAAACUCAACGGGCGAAUCACCGCCCUAGGUCGAUUCAUGUCCUGCUCAGCGAAGCGAUGCCUACCUUUCUUCAAGACGCUGAAACAGAUCAAGAACUUUACAUGGACAGCAGAAUGCCAGACGACGUUUGAUGAAUUGAAAAGCUUCCUUUCGUCACCUCCACUUUUGGCGAGACUAGAUCCGGGCGACGUAUUAUAUUUAUAUAUCUCUUGUUCUGAUGAAACAAUAGCGGGAGUACUAGUAUUUGAGAAAGAAGGGGAACAAUUCCCGAUCUACUACAUUAGCAAGGUGCUUAGGAAUGCAGAGUUAAGAUACCCAAAGUCGGAGAAACUGGCGUUAUGUGUAUACACCACCACAAUUAAACUCCGGCAUUACUUUGAGGGGAACCAGGUCAUCGUACGAACUGACCAACCAUUACGAAAAAUCCUCCGGAAGGCAGAAACAAGCGGAUGUAUAGUAGAGUGGGCUGUCAAGAUAGGAAGCUUGGGCGUUAUCUACGAAGCCCGAAAAGCCCUAAAGGCUCAGGCACUAUCCGACUUCUUCGCAGAGUUAACGUUUACAGAACCAAUAGAAAGCAAGAAGAACCUCUGGGAAAAACAUGUCGACGGAGCAGUGUGUGGAGAAGGAGCAGGGAUCAAAGUCGUACUAAAAGGACUAGGGAGGGUCCAAAUGGAAUACUCUGCUAGGCUCGAAUUCCCAGCUUCCAACAACGUCGCAGAAUAUGAGGCACUCAUGAAAGGAUUGCAAUUAUGUGAAGAACUCAAUAUUUCAGAAGCUCAGAUAUACAGUGAUUCACAGCUGGUCAUGAACCAAGUCUCAGGGAGUUUUGAAGUAAAAGAAAGGACACUGAAGAAGUACGCCAAGCAAGCCAAAACUUUCUUCGUCAACAAUGGGCGAUCCUGGUCGCUACAACAAAUACCCAGGGCAAUGAAUGGAAGAGCAGAUGAAUUGGCGAAAUGGGCCGCAACAAAGAAUUACGAAUCAAUGAAGAACAUCCCCCACGAAAUCAAGCGACAACCCAGCUUUCAAGAGGAAAGGGAAGAAGGAGAAGUGCUAAUGGUGGAUGGAGAAGAAACCCGGAUGACUCCCAUCACGGCAUACUUGGCUAAUGGAGUACUCCCCGAAGACAGAAAAGACGCCAGAAAGAUAGUGAUACUGUCAUCCAAAUUCGGCAUAGACAAUGGCCAGCUCUAUAAACGGUCAUCCACCCAUCCUUGUCUGAAGUGUGUUAACAAAGAAGAUGGAGAGUACAUCAUGAAAGAACUACACGAGGGGACCUGCGGAGCACACGACGGAGCAUCAACUCUGGUCAGGAAGGCCCUGUUACAAGGCUAUUACUGGCCUAUAAUGAAAGAACAAGCAACAACACUUGUAAAAGGGUGCUGGCCUUGCCAACAACAUGCUUUGGUGCCCAGAAAACAAGCAUCAGAAAUGAAGCCAAUCGGCAGUGCAUGGCCAUUCGCCCAGUGGGGAAUGGAUAUCUUGGGACCUCUCCCUCCAGCCACGGGACAGAGAAAGUUCCUAGUGGUGGCAAUCGACCACUUCACUAAGUUCGGAAUACCAAAGGUGCUGAUCACAGACAACGGAAAGCAGUUCGACUCAGCAAAAUUCAGGAAGUUCUGUGCAGAAUAUCAGAUCGACUUAAGGCUAGAUGAAUACCAAGUAAGAUGGGUAGAAGAACUCUACAGUGUCCUAUGGAACUAUUGUACCACCCCAAGAGAAUCAACGGGUGAAACUCCAUUCGCCCUAGCCUAUAGAACGGAGGCUGUAAUUCCGGUAGAGAUAGGCGCACCUACACCAAGAACCGAAGACAGUCAGCUGAGCUUAGAAGAAAAUGAAGCCGAACUCAGGAACAAUCUGGACCUCUUAGUCGAAAAGAUCAACAAAUCAGAUAUCAGGAUGGAAGCUUACAGACAAAAGAUGGCCAAACAUUUCAACUGCCAUGUGAAGAAAAGAAAAUUCAGACUAGGCGAUCUAGUCAUGAGGAAGACCGAAGUCAAGAAAGGAGAAGCAGGGAGCGGGAAGCUACAACAAAACUGGGAAGGACCUUACACCAUCAGCGAGGUUAUUAAGGAAGGGACGUUCAAGCUCACCAACUCUAUGGGAAGGAUCAUACCCAGGACAUGGAACGCCAACAAUCUAAGGAAAAUCUAG